UAGCUGUGAAUCCACCAUGGAAGACACACGCACGCAAACUGCCUCCCUGGCAGAAGAAUCUCGUCGCAGCCAUCACUCCAGCAGCACCUUACCGAACGAGCACGAUGAAAAAGACAUAGAGAAACAGCGUCUCCACGGCGGCAUGGCCGAAGGCACAAAGGACAACAAAGAACCCGACCCCAACAUCGUGGACUGGGAUGGUCCAGAUGACCCAGAAAACCCCCAAAACAUCCCCCGUUUCCGCAAAUGGCUCAUAACAAUAAUCCUCGGCCUCAUGACCAUAUCCGUGACCUUCGCCUCAUCCGUCUUCAGCACCGCAUCCACCGUAACAGCGAAGCAAUUCCACGUCUCCUCCGAAGUGAUGGUUCUCGGCACAAGCCUCUUCGUGCUCGGAUACAGUUUCGGCCCGCUCUUCUUCGGUCCCCUAUCCGAGCUCUACGGCCGCAAAACCCCCCUGUUCGUGGGAUUUUUCAUCUUCGCUAUAUUCCAGAUCCCGGUUGCCGUGGCGCAGAACCUCCAGACGAUAAUGAUAUGCCGGUUCCUGGGCGGACUGUUUGCUAGUGCGCCGUUGGCGAUUGUCGGUGGUAUGCUGGCGGAUAUAUUCGGUCCUGUGGAGCGGGGGAUAGCGAUCGCGGUGUUCGCGGGCGCUACGUUCGUGGGGCCGGUCGCGGGCCCGAUUGUCGGGGGGUUUAUCACGAUGAGUUAUCUGGGGUGGAGAUGGACGGAGUAUAUCACGGCCAUUAUGGCGUUCUUUUUUGGGGCUGUGGGGUUUGUGGUUGUUCCGGAGACGUUUGGGCCGACGUUAUUGGAGCGGAGAGCGCGGAGGAAGCGGUUCGAGACAAAAAAUUGGGCAUUGCAUGCGCGGUCGGAGGAAAUGCCGGUUGAUAUCAAGCAUAUUGCGACUGUGUAUCUCGUCAGGCCGUUUUUGAUGCUUGUGAGAGAGCCGAUUCUGUUGCUUAUCACGUUGUAUAUGGGGUUUAUUUAUGGGUUUUUGUAUCUGUGUUUUGAGGCGUAUCCGGUGGCGUUUCAGGAGUUGAGGGGGUGGAAUGAGGGGGUGGGUGCACUGCCGUUUAUUUCCAUUGCUGUGGGGGUCGUGUUUGGGUGUUGUGUUAUUGUGUUCUUUACCAAGACGAGGUUUCAGAGGGUGUUGGAACGGGAGGGCCAUGUUGUUCCGGAGGAGAGGUUGAUUCCUAUGAUGAUUGGGGGGGUGUUGUUGCCUGCCGGCAUGUUUUGGUUUGGUUGGACGAGUAAUCCUGGGAUUAUUUGGGUGCCGCAGGUCAUUGCUGGGGGGUUUUUGGGGGCGGGGAUACUGUUGAUUUUUAUGCAGGGGCUGAAUUAUAUCAUUGAUUGCUACAACAUCAAUGCCAACUCGGCUAUUGCGGCGAACUGCUUCUUUCGGUCGGGACUGGGGGCCGGGUUUCCGAUGUUUGCUAUUCCGAUGUUCCAUAAUCUGGGCGUGCCGUGGGCUAUGACCCUGCUGGGAUGUUUGACUGCCAUAUUGUUCCCCGUGCCGAUUCUGUUCUAUAUCUAUGGAAGUAGAAUUAGGUCCUGGAGUAAGUUUGCGCCGACUGAUUAG